GCCAACCUACGGUACUGAUAUACCAGCCAGUAAUGCGUGCAAGUCGGACAUGGCUGUAGGUUAUUUCUGGCUGCCUAUUGGUCUCGGUGCUCUUGUCUUCGUGCUGGCCCUCGACAUCAUGGGCAUAUUUUCCCGCAAGAACCAUUUCGAAGUGGAAGGCCGUACAGUCAUUGUGACUGGCGGAUCGCAGGGCAUGGGUCGAGGCUUGGGGAAACUCCUCGCUCAGAAAGGCGCCAACGUUGUGAUUGUUGCGAGAAACCAGAAGAAGCUCGACGAGGCACUAGUCUACAUACAGGCUGCGGCAAAAGACACCCAACGUCAAAGGUUCCUUGCCAUUAGCGCAGACCUUACCAAGCCCGAGGAGAACGAUCGUCUGAUACAAGAAGUGACCGCAUGGAAUCAUGGCCAGCCUCCAGACAUUGUAUGGGCCAAUGCAGGCCAGGCCCAGCCCAUGCUUUUCCUCGAAGCCUCCGUGGAAGUUCUCAGGCAGCAGAUGGAUGUCAACUACUUCGCGGCGGCGUACCUGGCACAGUCCACACUGAAAGCAUGGAUCAAGCCCGCAAUCCCGAACAAAGUCAGCAACACGCAGAAUGGAGUGCAAAAGCCAAGGCACUUCAUCGUAACUUCGAGCGUCGUAUGCUUUGUGGGUGUCGCCGGCUACGCACCCUACGCACCGCCCAAGUCGGCCAUGCGAUCGCUCGCGGAUACGCUCCGAUCCGAAGUCAAUCUCUACAAUGGCGCUCGCAGGAAAGAUGCCGCGAAUGCCGGGCCUGCGGAUAUCAAGAUCCAUUGUGUCUGCCCGGGGACCAUCACAUCGCCUGGACACGAGGAAGAGCAGAAGACGAAGCACAAAAUCACGAUGAUACUGGAAGAGGACGACCCCGCCCAGGACGAAGAUCAGGUCGCGGCAGCUGCUGUGCGUGGUCUCGAAUCAGGGGGUUACCUCAUCACGACUCAACUCCUCGGACAUGCAAUGAGAGUCAGUGCGAUGGGUGGCUCUCCACGCAAUAACUGGUUCGUGGAUACCGUAUUCAGCUGGGUCACGGCUGUAGCUUGGCUCUUCAUCGGUCCCGACAUGGAAGGCAAGGUGUUCAAGUACGGAAAGAACAAUGGGCUUGCAGCAGCAGCAGCAAAAUGAGGUGUUUGUAAGCCAUCUUUCAACAGCCACGAUAACCGCCUACGUUGCGACAAAAGACAUUGGAUCUCAAUGGGUCACAGGGCGCCGGGCAAGAGCUGCUUCUUCGCCUGUGUGGAAGAGUGUUUGUUGGGUGGCGCCCACUGAAGGAGGAAUUCCGUCUACAUUACACGAAUUCAGUGCAGAAAAGCCCGCAGGUGCGCAAGACACCAACAGACGUCGGGUUGCCAGGUUCAGAUUGGCCCCAUGAGCUGAGAUAGUUGAAGAGCACUUUUGGCGACUAUUGCGUGGUACGGCAGAAUUGAUGAUCCUGUGGCCGUUGGGUCGCGGUCAUCUGCGCUGCAGCCUCAGACUAUCAAACUGCUUUCAUUGCAAGUACAUUACUUCGGAGUUGCACGCACCAUGAAACCGCAUUGAUCCCAAAACUGGCUAUACUGUUGUGCCUCCCAGUUCCAGGCUCUGGUGACAUUCACACAUGGAACACAGGG